AAUCUUGUACAUUUUUAGGCUAGAUUUAGACCAAACAUCUGUGGGUUUGAUACACGUGGAGACGUCUCAAAUAUAUAAUAAUGGUUCGCAAAAAAAGAACAAGAAAGCAUCUCAAUGAUGAAGAUGCCAAUGAUAUGGAAGAUGAUAUCGAAGAUAUAGACAUGGAUGCUGUAACAGAUUCGGAAGAAGAAUAUACGGAAACUGAAAGAAAACUGCUAGAGAAAGUACGAAAACAACACACCACUGAAAAUUUUGAUAGCGAUGAUGAAGUUUAUGGAUUGCAAGAUGAAAAUGAGGAAGAGGAUCAACAAGAUUCAAUGGAGUCUGACAUUGAAGAAUUACAAGAGGAUUAUGAUUUGCCGAAUGACAGAGCUUGGGGUAGCAAGGCAAGAACUUUCUAUUCAUCAGACUUCAAAUAUACAGAUUAUGCUGUAGCACCUCAAAAGGAUUUAGUUAAUGCUGAAAUGGAAGAAGAGGAAGGCAAAAAGCUCCAUUUAAGAUCAAUGGAACAGUAUUUAGAUCUCGAUAGCGUGAAUAUCAACGAAGUUGUACAAACUAUAAAAGAUAGGAAAAGUGAUCAAAAAGACAGUAAACAGGUGUCUGAUACGGAAUCUUUUAUGUUUAUGGUCAAUAAUUUUAAAGAUUGUAUGACAGAGGCAAAGGAUAUUUUGGCACCCUUCCUCAAAUUAGUUGAAAAUGGAACAUGUCCUGAUUGUGAUGCUGUAGCUUUAGUUAGAACUAAAUAUCAUAUUUUAUUAAAUUAUUGUGUCAAUGUCUCUUUUUUCUUGAUGUUAAAAGCUAAAGGUUUGCCAGUAAAAAUGCAUCCAGUUACAAAGCGUUUGAUACAAUAUCAUAAACUGCUUGAUCAAUUACAAUCACAACAGGGAAAUUUAUUCAAGCAAGUAGAAGAGAUAGUUAAUGCGGUUAACGAGGGUAAACCUCUUUAUCACAUAUCAGAUGGUUCUCGGAUACAAAUUCAAAAAGAUAUUCCAAAACAAAGCUUAAAGAAAACAACACAUCAGAAAGAAACAAUAAUAGAACAAGAUGAACAAGAAGAAUUAUUAUCAGAUAGUAUGGAAGAAACAGAUUUAGAUGAAGAAGAGCCAUAUGAUGAUAAAGUUAUAGAUGAUAAAAAGGAUAAUAUUACAAACAUGGAUCCUACAAAGGAAGAAAAAGAAAAGAGAGCAAUAACUUAUCAAAUGGCAAAGAAUAGAGGUCUUACACCGUAUCGUAAAAAGGAAUUACGCAAUCCUCGAGUGAAACACAAAAAUAAAUAUCGUAAAGCACUAAUUCGCAGAAAAGGCGCGAUAAAAGAAGUAAAAAAAGAGUUGACACGUUACGCAGGAGAGAUUUCAGGUAUCAAAGCUGGUGUAAAAAAGAGCAUUAAACUAAAAUAUUAAUUUUUAAAAAUUCUAACUUUAUAUAUAAAACAAUGGAAACAAUAUUAAUAUACUAUCAUUU